GAGAUAUUGUGUAACGGUCUCCGUGGGAGGAGAAAGAAAAUAUUGCAUGUAUGAUCUUUCACGUGCACGGAGUAUUAAUUUAUUAAAUUUCCGGUGAUUACAACUAUCUGCUAUGUUAUCUUAUUUUUGUUUGUUACAAAGUUGAAUGGAUGUCCAUCAUAGAAUUCUCGAAAGAGCGAGUUGAAAGACUUAUUUGUAUGACUAAUUUUUUAAAAAUUUCAUGUUCCAUCCAAAAAUGGAAUAAGUUAAUAAAUAGAAAAUUCAUGUUUUUUUUCACAGCUACGCAGCAGUUGCAUAUUCAGUUCUAUUAGUCUUAUCAAUGAAUAUAUUAUAAUACAUUAUGUAUACAAAUUUGUUGUAGUUUCGUAGAUCACAUAACAUUUUCGUGUAAUUUUUUAUUUAUAAUAAGAAACUCAUUUGAGUAAUAAUAUUCUAAGUUCUUUUUAUAAUGCAAUUUCAACCCUUUUUAAAUUGUUUUCAUACUAAAUUAUCUUCGAAAUCACGUUAAGAAAGUUAAAAGAAUUGAAAAAUAAUCCUUUUGACUUUUUCUUGGGGGUGUAAUAAUAAUAAACCAAAGUUCUCUUAC